AUGCACUAUAGAGGUGAGUUGUCAAGACCUCCUACAAAGCCAAUCGCUGACGAACCCGGUCACAAGCCCGCAUGUCUCCCAGUAACUGCUCUUAGGUCGGUCCUGGUUGAUGGAGAAUUGCUGGUUCUCGCGGGUCAGGGCCCUUUUCUUCACAUCUAUGAUGAAAGCGGGGCCAUCAUCAUAUCUACACGGAUCUUCGAGAUUCAACCAGUCUGUGGUGUCCAGACAGAUUCCAAAACUGCAGAUCAAGACGAGGCUCAAAAUCCUCGGGUGGUGUUCUGGGGAGGGGCGUUGUUGCGACUCGGCCGGUUGACGAUUCAGAAAGCCAGGACUGCUUCACCUCAUACAGUGCCUAAACUCAUUUUGUCAAGACAGUUGAACUGCAGAGACUGGAUUCUGGACGCCGCUAUUCACGAAUCCUGCAUUUUCAUACUCACAGCACACAAUCAACUCCAGGAGGUGCCCGUUCUCGAGGAAACAAAUGAAAAGGCCCUGGAGUGCGGAAAGCCAGCUCUAGUGAUUGGCCCGAGGUCAUUUCUCUACUCCGGGUCUCUCUUUGUUGCCCAGCCGGGACUGAUAGUCGUGGCGUCCGGAACUGUCUUUGGCGAAAUUCUAGUCUGGAUUUGCUCAAGGAAAGAAAACGAUCGACAGUGGUCGCCAUCGCUCAGACACGUCUUCAAUGGCCACAGGGGCUCCGUUUUUGGUGUGUCUAUUUCGGACGUUUUCGAGCUGGGAGGUACACGCACCCGCUUAUUGGCAAGCUGUUCCGAUGACCGCACGGUAAGAAUUUGGUACAUUAGUGACUGUGAAUAUACGCAAUACGAUGCUAGAUACGACAUGGGAUCGACGGAAACCGGCUUUGGACAUGCUGCUCACGGGGGCGAGAAUCAGAUUGCAUCCGCAUGGGGUCAUCUGUCUCGCAUCUGGGGCGUGCAAUUCGUACAAGAACAGGUGGGCGAGAACGGAAAUAGAGUCUGGCUUUUAUCACGAGGUGAAGAUGGUGCAUGUCAAUUGUGGACCAUUGAGCUCCCUCCCCAGACUCGACCGGAGUCGUAUUCAACGACACUUCUCAGACCAGAGUCAAGUGAUCGACAUCACUUUGGGAAGAAUGCAUGGUCUAUUUCUUGCGUCAAUGCAGGCCAAGGUUUGCUCGUUCACACUGGUGGUGCUGACGGCCAGAUAAUCUCCAGAAAACUCGACAUCCCUCGUGGAAGCAUGGGUUGCUCUUUAACCCUUUCAGUACCCUUUGCGGAAAUUACCGGUUCUUCGAUGGCAUUGAAGAAUUAUUUGUUGGUGGACUCGUAUGAAUGCCUCGCAACCACGGACAAAGGCGACCUGUUCCGAGUGACUGCUGAACCCGGCGGGCUGAACUGGAAUAAAUUGAUGCCGAACCCUAGGAAAGGUGGUCUUGUGCUCUGCCCGGCUGGAAACCAACAGCUCGUUCUCGCUGCAUAUCAGAGAGGUGGACUUACUGCAUUUCUCACUGGUCCCAAAUCUGUGGUACCAGUCAAAUGUGACCUUGAAUGUGGAAUCUCUUGGAUGCAGCUUGCCUCUCAACAGUCGAUGAGAGUACCGACUUCGACAACUUGCGUUAUCGCCGUCCUGGCCAACAAACAUGCCCUCAUCCUCUGGGUGAGCAUGAAAGACAGUUCAGUUCAGGUGAGCCAGACAUGUCUGAGAGUGCCAGAAACGUUCAUUAUUACAUCCUGUUGUUACGACAGCUCAAGCGGUCUGUUGCUUCUGGGCUCUCGUGCUGGUGCUCUUGCGGUAUACUCCCAUGUGACAGCUGGAUCAGAAACAUCCGGGGAACCGCGCUGCCUCCGCCAUGUCCACGGCACCGAUAGUGUCACUUCGAUCAGUGUUCUACGGCAAGAUCCGGAGCGCUUCACAAGAUCUAUACAUGUCCUAACAACAGGGCGAGACGGUAUUUAUGCAAUCCAUCGUGUUAACUGGCUAUCAUCCGGAGAUGGGACAGGACCCACUGUGUCUAUCGUUCACCUGUCUGCGCCUCCAUUCGGUCCCAGCAUCGAAGGGGCUUUCUUUACUUCGACUGAAGGAUCACCACCUACAACAGAGCCAGAUUUGGUACUCUAUGGCUUUCGUUCGACGUUUUUUGUCGUCUGGAAUGAAACACAGCAGUCUGAAGUGUUAGCCGUUGAAUGUGGUGGAUCUCAUCGGAGCUGGUCCUUUCGAGACUCUUCCAUGUUUUGCGACAGCGUCAUGAAAUCCUUUGUCUGGACCAAAGCUGGCAGAUUGAACUGGCACUCCGCUCAAGGUUCUAGUCAUAAAGUGCUUCAAAAAGGAGGUCACGGACGCGAGAUCAAGGCCGUGGCACGCAGUCCUCUGCCUUACACGGACUUCAGAAACGAAGGCCACGCUCGAGUUCUUAUAGCUACCGGGGCUGAAGACACCAAUAUUCAACUCUUUGCUGUGCCCCUUGCUACAGAAAAUGCCUACCGACCUCAACCAGCAGGGAAUCUGGCGCUGACAAAUUCCUCUACAUUUCGGGCUAUAUCAACUCUGAAGCGACACAACACAGGCAUCCAACAUCUUCUAUUCUCACCAAUUGGAGGAUAUCUUUUCAGUAGUGCUGGAUGCGAAGAGUUCUAUGUGUGGAAACUCAGCUUUAAUGUGCCCGGCAUUGAAGCCGGAGUCGUGUUGUGGGACGUGAUGCCGACGGAGGAAGAGGAUUCGGAUGCGCGGAUAAUGAGUUUCGACUUGCGGUGUGCAAGCAAUGGAACCAAGGACGCUAAUGAAGUUUACACGAUUGUGAUGGCAUAUUCCAACGGAAAGAUAAAGGUCGUACGAUACACUCCUGCACCGACCAGAAACCAAGAGAUGUUUGAGACGCUACGAGAAAUCAGCUACGGUUCCUUCUGCGUGAUGCAGGCUUUGUUCCUUUCGCCCUCUUUCACCUUGACUUCGACCUUGAGACUCGAUGAGCAUCAGAUCAAGACGAUAUCUGCGGGCACAAACGGGUUUCUGAAUCUCAGCCUUUUGGAUUCACGCCCUCUACGCAAGCACUUGGCUGUCUUACCCCAUGCAGAGUCACCACUCCAGACGGAAGUUCAUAAGGUGCAUCAAAGCAGCGUCCUGGCCAUCGACAUCGUAUCCUUUAGCCCGAAAACUUUCCUCAUCGCAACAGGUGGCGAUGACAAUGCGCUGGGUUUGACACUACUUACUUCUCGGCCUUCAUUGGCGGUCGCUUGCGAAGAAAGCGACACCCAAAAGCAAUUACCACACCACUUUCGAACGAUCGUCAUUCCUGCCGCCCACGCCGCGGCUCUCACAGCCUUGAAGAUCACAGAUCCGAGGCGCACACGAACAGGCUUUUCAGUUGUGGUGGUUACUGUGGGAAACGACCAGCGUGUCAGAGUUUGGAAUGUCCAUGUCCGCUCAGAAAAGAACGGUGACCCUCUUAUUGGCCGAGUCGAGGAUGAUCAGUUGUUUGAAGCCAUCCAGGUCAAACCCUUCGGAAGUGGAUGGACAGCUGUCGCGGAUGUCAGUGGUCUACAGGUCCUUGAAGAUGAUCAGGGGAUCAGCGUAAAUCGUGACGAGGAUAAUCGGAAAGGAAGGCAUGCAUUAAGGAUUUUGGUGGUGGGUGUGGGAAUGGAGUUGUUGAACAUAGAUUGUGGUGGAGACGCGGCUGCUUGA